GAGCUGCGGCGGAGCCAAUGAACUCACAGCCUGGGGUCUGAGGGGCGGGAGGCGCUGGUGCGGAGCUCCCGGUGGGGAAAGGAAGCCUUGACCAGAGCCACUGGCGGGAGCGGGGACUGAGACCCCCACCAGACUCAGAUCCCAAAUGGCGCAGUGGGAGAUGCUGCAGAAUCUCGACAGCCGAUUUCAGGAUCAGCUGCACCAGCUCUACACAAAUAGCCUCCUGCCGGUGGACAUUCGACAGUACUUGGCUGUUUGGAUUGAAGACCAGAACUGGCAGGAAGCUGCGCUGGGCAAUGAUAAUUCCCAGGCUAAUAUGCUGUGCUUCCACUUCUUGGAUCAACUAAACUAUGAGUGUGCCCGCUGCAGCCAGGACCCCGAGUGCUUGUUGUUACAGCAUAACUUGCGAAAAUUCUAUCGGGACAUUCAGGCCUUACCCCGGGGCCCUAUCCAAUUGGCUGAGAUGAUCUUUAAUCUCCUUCUGGAAGAAAAGAGAAUUCUGAUGCAGGCUCAGAGGGCUCAAGUGGAGCAAGAAGAGCCAGCCCUCGAAACACCUGUGCAGAGCCAGCAGCAUGAGAUUGAAUCCCGGAUCCUGGAAUUGAAGGCCAUGAUGGAGAAGCUGGUGAAGGCCAUCAGCCAGCUGAAAGACCUGCAGGAUGUCUUCCUCUUCCGAUUCAAGGCUCAGGGCCCAGUGAGGACAUCUUCUUUGGACCCCCAUCAGACCAGACAGCAGCAGGUUCUGCAGGCAACUCUCAAUGAACUGGACAGAAAGAGAAAGGAGGUGCUGGAUGCCUCCAGAGGACUGCUAGGCCGAUUAACUACCCUAAUUGAGCUACUGCUACCCAAUUUGGAGCAAUGGAAAGUGCAGCAGCAGAAAACCUGCAUUGGAGCCCCCCCAGACGGAGGGUUGGAACUUCUCCAGCUAGAGCAGUGGUUCACAGAUGGAGCAAAACUAAUGUUUCAUCUGCGACAGCUGCUGAAGGAACUGAAGGACUUGAGUCAACUGGUUAGCUAUGAGAAUGACCCUCUGAUCUCAGGGGUGGGCCUGCAGGAGGCCCAGGUCACAGAAUUGCUACAACAUCUGCUCCACAGAGCCUUUGUGGUAGAAACUCAGCCUUGCAUGCCUCAGACUCCCCAUCGACCCCUCAUCCUCAGGACUGGGAGCAAGUUCACUGUCCGAACAAGGCUGCUGGUGAGGCUCCAGGAAGGCAGCGAGUCACUGACUGCAGAAGUCUUUAUUGACAAGGAUCCUCCUCAAUCACAAGGCUUCCGGAAGUUCAACAUUCUGACCUCAACCCAGAAAACUUUGACCCCCGAGAAAGGGCAGAGUCAGGGCUUAAUCUGGGACUUCGGCUAUCUGACUCUGUUGGAGCAACGCUCGGGUGGUUCAGGAAAGGGCAGCAAUAAGGGUCUGCUGGGUGUGACCGAGGAACUGCACGUCAUCAGCUUCACGGUCAGAUACACCUACCAGGGACUGAAGCAGGAACUGAAAGCAGACACCCUCCCUGUGGUGAUUAUUUCUAACAUGAAUCAACUCUCCAUCGCCUGGGCCUCGAUUCUCUGGUUCAGUCUGCUCAGCUCAAACCCUCAGAAUCAGCAGUUCUUCUCCAGCCCCCCAAAGGCCCCCUGGACCUUACUGGGCCCGGCCCUCAGUUGGCAGUUCUCCUCCUACGUUGGCCGAGGCCUCGACCAGGACCAGCUGAGCAUGCUGAAGGACAAGCUGUUUGGACAGAACUCGGGGAAUGAGGGUGCGCUGUUGUCCUGGGCCGACUUCACUAAGCGAGAGAGCCCGCCUGGGAAGCUACCAUUCUGGACAUGGUUAGACAAAAUUCUGGACCUGGUACAUGAGCACCUGAAGGAUCUCUGGAAUGACGGGUGGAUGUUGUCCGCGCGAAGUGACGUGGCCGCAGGGGAACAGUCUGUAGUGGCAGCGCCAGGGCAGAAAGCUGGCGCCCUCCCCCUCCCCACGGAAGCGGCGGCAGGAGCGCCGCUCAGCUGCUUUCUCUGCUCCAGGCGCAUCAUGGGGUUUGUGAGCCGGAGCCAGGAGCGCAGGCUGCUGAAGAAGACCGUCUCUGGUACCUUCCUACUGCGCUUCAGCGAGACCUCCGAAGGCGGCAUUACCUGCUCCUGGGUGGAACACCAGGAUGAUGAUAAGGUGCUCAUCCACUCUGUGAAGCCCUUCACCAAGGAGGUGCUGCAGUCGCUCCCGCUGACCAAAAUCAUCCGCCACUACCAGCUGCUCACCGAGGAGAACAUACCCGAGAACCCCCUGCGCUUCCUCUACCCCCGCACCCCCCGGGAUGAAGCUUUCGGGUGCUACUACGAGGACAAAGUUAACCUCGAGGAGCAAAGGAAGUACCUGACACGGAAGCUCAUCGUGGUCUCCAACAGACAGGUGGAUGAGCUGCAACAACCGCUGGAGCUUAAUCUGGAGCCAGAAGUAGAGCCAUUAGACCUGCCCCCGGGCGUAGCACCAGGGCAAGAGCUAGGACUAGACCCGGAGUUGGAGCCACUGCUAAAGGCAGGGCUGGAUCUGGGGCCUGCGCUGGAGCCACUGGAGCCCGAGCUGGAGCUGGAGCCCACACUGGACCUGGGAUCAGAACUGAAGCUGGAGCCUCUUCUAGAGCCUGUUUCACAGCCCGUGCCAGAGCCAGAGCCAGAGCCAGAUUUGCCCCAUGAUCUGAGACACCUGAACAUUGAGGAGAUGGAAAUCUUCAGAAACAACAUGAAGAUUGAAGAAAUCAUGCCAAACGGAGACCCACUGUUAGCUGGCCAGAACACCGUGGAUGAGGCGUACAACUUCCCCCAGAGCCAUUUCUUCACGGAUGGGCCCUUGACUCCUGACUACUAGGACUAUGUUUCCUCUGCUCUUUCCAUAUCUUUUACCCCAUAUCAUCCCCGCAUCCUGGUGUUGCUCUCCCAGGAUGGGAAAUCAGGCAUGUGCCUCUUCUAAGCUGGGUUAACGGCCUGAUUUGAAGUGAGAGGGACAUGUGAGCCAGAACAGAUGUUGGCCAUGGCUCUAACUAGGAUCCUGGAGGCUGCCUGCUGUGCUUGGAGGGGUAGCGGUUUUAGGAACAGGCCAGGACAGUUAGGAGGAACUUGGAGGGCUCAGAGAAGUUGCUCCUUUCCAGUAUGGAAGAAUUUCAACUUUUUAAUAGCGGGUAAGGCUAACCUGGCGCCCACCAGCGUUGGCCCUCAGUGGGGAACUGACACAUGGCAGGACUCCAUUUCUCCCUCAUGCCCAGGAUGACCUUCUCCUUUCUUCCUCCCCUCACUCUUGUCGUAAAUUUCCUCUUUUCCUACAGGGACUGAGAGCUUUCUGCCUCAGCCACACUGGGAAGCUCCCCUCUGAAGAGGAAGUAGGAGGUAGACCUCCUCUUCUUACUGAUCUCCCUCCGACCCCUCCUUACCCCCGCUCCCACCCCACACACACACACACACACACCAGAGCCAGGGCUGGGCCUGGAGUUAGAGCCACUGCUAAAGGCAGGGCAGGACCUGGAGCCUGUAGCAGUGGCUACAUCCAUUCCUCCCCUGGAAACCGAUCCUACCAGCCUAAUGUGCCUGUGAAGCUUUGCACAAUAACUAAUGCUGCCUAGUCUCCACUUUCCCAAUGCUUAGGAGACCAGGGAUGUUCGCUAGCUGGGAACUCAGGAACUGCUUUUUAUAGUAUAGAUUGGUACAUUUACAGAGAAAGAGAAGCCCUGGGCCUUAGAUAUUUCUCUUAAGACGUCAUCCCUUUCUUUUGUGCAAUAUAUUGUUUACCUGAAAAGACUGUUUCUAUUCCUUGGGCAUGGACCUGGGCAGAGAUCACGUUCCUGGAACUUAGGACCUUGAAGGUUUUUCAUGAGCUCUGGACAACCUCCCACCUUAGCCAUUCCCAGGAAACCCCGGGACAACUGCCAUUGCUCUAAGAUGUGCUUCUAGUAAACCUGAGAUGCAAAUGAAAGUGAGGCCUUCUACAUGCGGCUAUUUCCUGCCUGGUAUGUGAGAGCAGCGGCUUUCAACCUUUUUCAUCUCAUAGCACAUAGAAACUAAUUACUAAAAUUUUGCAGCACACCAAAAAACAAAUGUUCUGGCCGAUCUGACAGAAAAAUAGGUGUAAUUUUGAUUCAUUCAUACAGGAUGGCUAUUGUGUUGGUUGUUGUUAUUUUUUUAUUUGACAGUCUAAGGGAAAAGAGGUCAGUGCUCCUGAAUAAAGUUAGGUGUUGUAUGUUUAAAAAAUUUGGGGGACACUGGUUGAAAAUCAUGUGUUAGAGGAACAGUACUAUUGAGAAAGAGUCCCAUCUGAGCGGAAGUGGCUAAUAAACUCUGUGCUGACCUAGAAA